UGUUGAAAAUUAUUUACGACGUGGCAUCUGACACCACGUAUUGCCCAUGUAAUAGUGACGCACUAGCCUUUGCACUGUGGGUAUCGCAUUAUUUUUACAGUGCAGUCUACCCCAGGACACAGUGAUUGGCGGGUAGCUCAGGACAUCUGUUAAGAGCACACGGGAAUAUAAGUGCUAUAAGUGGAGGGAGAAAAUCCUAUGACUGCACAACACGACAGACCUGAUCGACAUGAUGGACGCCAAAGCCUUCGAAUACUUCCUCUUGAAGCCGGAGAACCAGGACGAAGUGGCCAAGCUGAUCGAGGAGGACUACUUCCCCAGAGAGCCUCUUUGCAGGGGCUUCCACGUGACCGCCUCAGCCAGCAGCGGGAUGACGAGCAGGAAACUCCGGGAGUGCCUCGCCUCUGGAGUGUCCUUCGGUGCCAGGGACGUCAGCACGGGCGCCUUGGCCGGUGUCCGCCUGAGCUACACGAAGGCGAAGGCGGAAGCUGGCUCUGCGAAGCCCUUGGGCGAGAGGAAGACCGAGUAUGAGAUCAAAGUGUGUGGGUUAUGCGACGAAAUAAGGUCCAAAGUGAAUAUAUUUGAAGAAUCUGAUGCAGAAGCGAUACUCUAA